UCUCCACUACAUUGACAAUUGUAAUACACACUGCACACAGACACAACGUCCGUCGGCGGUCGCGGUCAAUAGACUUUGGUUCACUCGUUCGGUCAGUGCGCAUUUGCGAGCGAAUUGGAGUGGGUGCGUGCGAGUUUUGCGCGGUUUCAAGAUGGAAUCCAAUGACCCAUACCAAAGACAACAAAAUCGUAUACAAAAAUUGUUUGACGAAGCUUCAUCGUCAGAAUCUAGCCAAGAUCCUUAUGCAGAUGAUGGAGAAUAUGGUUCCGACCAAUGCUACGUACCUUCUGAUGAAGAUAAUUGCAGUAGUUCCGAUUCAGAAACCGUGGUAAGAGUACAUCAACCGAACAAGUCACGACGACGUGUCGGUGGAUCGUCUGAUUCAAGUAAGUCUUCUACCGAUUUAUCAGAUGUUCCUGACCAAAAUUUAUCACAAUCGGAGCAUCAAACUGAGCAAGAAUCUCAGCAAAACGAAAAUGUUCAGCCUUCUACUAGUAGAACUGAGAUAGAAAGAGAUCUACUCGUACUUACUCAUAAUUCCCAGUCUAAUAGUAACAACGAGCCAAACAACGACGACUUCGAUAGUCAGGAUUGGUCCUCUACACUAGUUGACAUUCCAGAAUUUAAUUUUGAUUCAUCAAUAGAAGGCAUAUCAGUAAACAAAGGGAAGGAAAACAAUCCUCGGGAUAUGUUUGAUAUUGUUUUUCCUAAACAUUUCGUCGAUUAUAUUGUGCAAUGUACAAAUGCCUAUGGUAAUAAGUUGUGUUCUACUAACAGACCCCAAACCAGACAUAGUCGAAGGGCUGUAUUUCGAGAGAGCAAUAAUGAAGAAAUAUUGAAAUUUUUGGGUCUAUGUUUGCUGAAAGGACAUGUUAAAUGCCCUAAACAACGUAACCUGUUUACCUACACAAAUCAUUUGUAUUAUCACCCAAUUUUUACAUAUGUUAUGUCUGCUAGAAGACAUGAGCAAUUAUUGCGUUGUCUUUACGCUUCUGAAGUUGAUGCUAAGGGAUCAAGAAAAAUAACUCCGUUUAUUGACACAGCUACAGCACAUUUUCAAAAGAUUUACAAUGCUGGUAAAAAACUUUCUUUAGACGAAUCUUUACUUCUAUUCCGAGGGCGAUUGCAAUUUCGUCAAUAUAUUAAAUCUAAAAAGGCUCGUUACGGUAUCAAGUUCUAUGAGCUCACAACGUCGGAUGGAUAUGUCUUGAAUAUUGACAUGUAUUGUGGUAAAGAAAAUCUAGAAGAAAACAUUUCAAAGACUGAAGACCUAGUUUUGAGGCUAAUGCGACCUUACCUUUUGAAGGGACACCAUUUAUAUAUGGACAACUUUUAUAACUCUGUUAGCUUGUGCAAGAAAUUACUCGGUUUGAGAACUCACACUGUUGGAACGUUGCGGUCAAAUAGGAAAGGUAAUCCUGACAGUAUUGUAAAGAAAAAAUUAAAGAAAGGUGAACACGUUUGGGUCCGAAAGAACAAUGUUUACGUAUCUAAAUGGAGGGAUAGUCGCCCUGUCCUGAUGAUUUCUACAAACACUCAUCCUACAAUGGUUGAAGUACAAAACAGAUUUGGGAGAAAGAAGAUGAAGCCUCUUGAGGUGGCGACUUAUAAUAAUCAUAUGUCAGGAAUUGAUCGCUUAGACCAAAUGGUCUCUUAUUAUUCAAGCCCUAGAAAAACAAUUCGUUGGUAUAAAAAAGUAUUAUUUCAUCUUUUAGACAUAUCAGUGUGGAAUGCAUAUUUUUUGUACAAAAAUACAAAAAAAAAUAAUGACAAAAGUUAUGAAUUUAUUAUGUUUAGAGAGGAAUUGAUAAAAGACUUGAUAAAACUCGAUACUAAUAUAAAUGUAAAGGACUUGGUCAACAAGAAAAGUAUGCAUUACAACAGGCUACACGAUAAUAUACCAGCAAUUGAGCGUAAUGAGAGAUCUUUAGAUAGAAUGAAGGGCCACUGGCCUGAACGAAUUGAAUCUAAUCCUGGCAGCAAGAAAAAAUAUGCUUUUUUAAAAUGCCGUGUUUUUUCCAAAGAUGGAAAACGCGUAGAAACUAGUUACCGUUGCAAAGGAUGUCCACAAAACCCUCCACUUUGUCCAUCUUGCUUCGAGGCCUGGCAUAACGAAAUUAAUUUAUAA